AUGGCGGGGGCUGCUGCUGCUGCUGCUUCGGCGACGGCGGCGGCGGGAGUUUCUCCCACCUGUUCUGGCUUCAUCUCAUCGUCUUCUCUUGCCGGGAGCUCUCGCUCUUGUUCUCGUUGUCCCAAACGAGAUCUACUUUUCUCGUCCCCCGGCUGCAGGGGAUUGACCUGGAGGUACGCUCGCGGAGUUGCUCCGCCGCGACUGCGGCCGGCGCGCUGCUCGUCCUCCAACGAUGGCGAUCCAACCCCGAACGCCGACGUCCCAUUGAGGUCUGUGUGUGUGUGCGUGUGCUUCGCCUCGUGUCGGGGACCCUCUACUGACUGGAGCCUCGGUCUCGGGGAUUUCGCUGUUCCCCAGUUCAUGAGAUCUUGGAGAGUGCAGGAUUAGUCAGUUCGUUCAGUUGAGCGCUUUCUCCGGUUUAUUCCUGCCCUCAGUAUCGUCCUUUUAAUCUAUUUGUAUCUUGCCUCUGUUGAAAUUUUCAUUUCUCUCAGCCUUCUUCUCCAUCCACUUCUCAAUUCAGGUUUGACCUUCAUCGAGGAAAACUUUUCACGUAAAAAUUCAUACUGGAAAAUAAUUCUCGAAACCGUCGGCAUUUUCCGCCUCUUAUUUUGAGUUCGGAUUUUAUCCGAGAGGAGAUUUAUAUGUAUCCCUAUAUAUAUUUGUAUAAUUAUGUGAGAAAUUAUCGGCUGAAUAUUUCCAUGUAAACAACAGUCGAUUGGGGGUUUCUGAUUGGGUUUCGUCGCAGUUUCUGCAUCAUAGAAGGACCGGAAACAGUGCAGGACUUUGUUCAGAUGCAGCUUCAAGAAAUCCAAGACAACAUAAGGAGCCGGCGCAACAAAAUCUUCCUCCUCAUGGAAGAGGUGGGCCGGGAUCCAUUCACAUCGUCAGUGAUGCAUACGUUCCUAGGUUGGGUCCCGCCUGCUUAUCUGUCGUCGUUCACCCAGGUGAGGAGGUUGCGGGUGCAGCAGCGCAUAAAGAGUGCGGACUUCGAUGAGAUGGGCAGCGAAGAAACGGAGAUGCCCGAAAUUCCUUCGACUAUUCCGUUUCUCCCUCGGAUGGUUGUUACCUCAAGAACUACUAUCCAGCCUUGAAUCCUUGGUUUUCUCUCUAAUUGUUUGCUGUUGUUCAAGCAGACGACGAAAACUCUGAAGCAACUCUAUCUGACAUCCUUCUCCGUGAUAGCCGGAAUCAUCGUCUUUGGUGGCCUCCUUGCGCCGGCUGUGAGUUUCUCCUCGGAUUCCUCCUCUUCUUUUCCUGUCUAGAUUGCCAAAUGGUUACCGACACAACACAGGAUCUGCUGUAUCCUCAACACAGGUCUCGUUCUUUGAUGCUGCUGCAUGUAGAAUCUCUACAAUACCCAAUUUUUUAACUCUCCCUCCGAAUUGUUCCGCUGAUAUUAUCUCAAAAAUGAGGUCAAUUGAGAAAUUUGUGAUGCAGCUAUCUAUGUUAUGAGUUCUGCUCAACCUCAUUGCUGCCAUGAUUAAUGGAUUGAUCUUUACUGGUCUUGUUGCAGCUGGAGCUCAAGCUAGGUCUUGGUGGCACAUCGUACGAGGAUUUCAUAAGGAGCAUGCACCUUCCUCUGCAACUGAGGUUCACUCAAAACUUUAUUUCCCAAACCAGGGGAAAUUUUGACCGAUUAAGAUACUUUGCUCUCCGGAUCUCAGUAUUAUUUUCUGCUGAUCCAGCCAGGUCGACCCGAUAGUUGCCUCAUUCUCAGGUGGCGCAGUCGGUGUGAUCUCAGCCCUGAUGCUGAUCGAGGUUAAUAACGUUGAGCAGCAAGAAAAGAAAAGAUGCAAGUACUGCCAUGGAACAGGUGCCUCUUCCUCUUAAAAAGUCAAACCCCCCUACGACAACUGAAUCAUGUCCAAAUACGAUAUUUUGACCUCUAUAAAUGCCCAGUAUCCUGACAAUCCCCCCCUCCACAGCGUUGACUGAUCCAGUGUUGUCCACGUGACACCAGGUUAUCUGGCAUGUGCCAGAUGUUCUAGCAGUGGCGUGUGUCUGAAGAUUGAGCCGAUUUCGAUCAAUGGUAGUUCCAUUCUCCCUCUGCAGGCGCCCAAAACACAGCGAUGUCCAAAUUGCUCAGGAGCUGGAAAGGUAUUCUAUUUAUAUUCGUCAAAAAACUUACAUCAUACCGGGAACUAUAUCGAAUGCGGACUACAUCAUACCCCAUCCGCAUACCCCUGUGACUUUGGUGAUUCUGGGUAUUAUUAUCCCAUCUGAAGGCAGCGCUCUUCAAAAAUAUGGGAUACAAAACUUGUGUGAUAUCUUCAAAGAACCUGCUCGACUGGAAUCUGUGCAUUAUGAAAUGGGCAUCUGGGCAUGCUGCAGAACAAAAAUAGCCAGUUAGUGAUUAAUUAAAUUUCCGAAUAUGAUAUAAUUCCCUUUAGAAAAGAUUCCCUCGCAGAACACGACUCUCUUUGCAUAUUAUUUUUUUAGGUUAACAUUAUUACCAUGCUUUUUCCACUUUAUUCUUAUUUUCCUACCACAGUUUGUCUGCCAGUAUGAACUUAUGCAAUGACCUCGUCUUGGGCGCACUUCAGAACUUUCCUCAUUUUUAUUUUUUUUAAUUUAUAAUUUUUAUGGUAGUCGAACCCACCCUGUAUUUACUUCUUGAUCUUUUACGACCUCGUUUUUAUUAUCUUUUUUUGCAAAUUCAUAGAUUUCUCUGCACUUUUUCAUUUGUUCCUCUUUCAAAGAUAUACCUGCGUGCGUGUGUAUGUAUGUAUGUAUGUAUGUAUGUAUGUAUUAAUAGAAUAUUAUAUGUUUUGUAUUUUAUUUUUUCCCCUUGAAACGUGUGGCAUCAAUCUUCUUGCAUGUUUUCUUCCUCACCCAUCUGGGUUUUGAAACCUUGCUUCGCCCAUCCAAGCAUGGAAAUCCCAGAUCGCAUAAACCCAAUGCAAUCAUGGGGCAGCGCCGUUUAUUUCCUCAUUCCUGUUCUUUAAAGAUGAUUUUUUGUUUCAUCAAAAUAAUUUAUACCUUAAUUUUGAUGCUACCAUUAGAUGGCUCACCAUUUGGUUUAUGUUGAAUUAUGUGGCCAGGUGAUGUGCCCGACAUGCCUCUGCACGGGAAUGCUGAUGGCCAGUGAGCACGAUCCCCGGAUUGAACCGUUCGAUUGA